AUGAAGGGGAACCAAAGCAAAUUAAGUAUAGAGGAGUACGUAGGAGGCCAUGGUGCUCGUGUGUGGCUUGGAACCUUUAACACAGCUGAGGAGGCUGCAAGAGCUUAUGAUCGUGCUGCCUUUGAGAUGAGAGGUACUAUGGCCAUUCUCAAUUUCCCAAAUGAACACCAACCUUGCAAUGUGGCUUCUCUUAGCAAGAAGUCCUCAUCAUCUAACACUGAGCUUGGUAAACAAGUUGUGGUAUUUCAGUGUUUGGAUGACAAAUUGUUAGAGGAAAUCCUUGACUGUGAUGGGGAAAACCAUCAAUGA